CAUCCAAAAUCGAUUUUGUAUUUAUUGGCAUGAAAAAGUUCGAUGGGAUGAUUUUCCAAAACAUGGCACCGGAGUUUAUAUUCAAGUAAUAUGGGAUUUAUCUUCGAAUCAGACUACCGGAAAAUUUGCCCUCCGUUGCGGUCAAAAAAGGAAAGAUCUGAUAGUUCUACUUAUCUUCCAAUUACAUGGUUGUGGUCAAAUGAAUCCCAAGCUACAUCUUGUGGACUGA